UCCACAGACUGCGUAAGGAUGAGUUCCAGUUUGUCUUUGGGCUGGUGUUUUGUGUCCUCCACCAGCUUGUAGACGCGGUGUCGCCGACGCAGGCGCGGCUUUUUGCCCUCCCCGGCCAGUGGCACCUUCCAGCAGCGCUCCACAAUGACUGUGCCCUGGCGAGCGGGGAGCCGAGGCAUCACUUAUAAGGAACGGGAGGACCUGACACUUCGGCCCCGUUCCUGCCUUCAGUGCUCCGAGUCCCUAGCAGGUCUCCAGGUGGGCAGAAGCGCUGACCAGGGCGACCUCAACCCACUUAAAGAAGUGUAUUCGGAUGGCCACCUGACGGUGUUAGCUACUGACCCCCUGCUCCAGGAAUACCCAGUACAGUUAGACUUCCACUUCCGCCUCACCCCCGAGACCUCUGCCCAUUGGCACGGCCUUCUCUGUGAUCACAGACUCUUCCUGGAUAUCCCACAUCGGGCCUUGGAUCAAGGCAACCGGGAAAGCUUGACUGCAACGCUGGAGUACGUGGAGGAGAAGACCAAUGUGGACUCUGUGUUUGUGAACUUCCAAAAGAACCGGAAUGAUAAAGGUGCCUUACUGCGGGCCUUCAGCUACAUGGGCUUUGAGGUGGUCAGACCCGACCACCCUGCCCUCCCUCCCUGGGACAAUGUCAUCUUUAUGGUGUACCCCCUUGAAAGGGACCUUGGCCACCCACCCAGUGAGCCUCCCUGAACAUGUUUACUCGUACUCUGUGAGGGGCUGGGAAGCCCUGACAUGAGAACCAGGAGUCCGGGAUGUGAUUCAGGACACCUUCCUCCAUCCUUGGAAUAAAGGGUAGUGCAAUC